AUGGCCUCGGUGAGCGAUGACCCCAUCUCGCUGUGGCUGAAACUGGGCGCUCUGGACAAGCUGGAACAAGCCCUGCUCGACGGUUACGGGGAGCAGCUGCUGGGGAAGACCUCCAGGAUUCCCCAGGUGGCCAGGUUCCUCAAGCAGGUCCCCAUGCUGCAGGCGCAGAUCGAGCAGAUCCACGAGGACACGAUGCAGGGCAAACUGGACGAAAUCCGCUCGCUGCUGGGAAGUCGGCAACUAGCCUUCUGCCGAGACCAGCAGGGCGCCAGUCCCCUGCACAAGGCCGUCCUCUUUCAGCAGCGCAACAUGGUCACCUUCUUCGUCGAGAACUUCCCGGGAGUCAUGCACGCCAGAGACCAUCAAGGGCGAACUCCUUUGCACUACGCUGCGGUGCUCCAAGACAACUGGGAGAUCUACAACAUGCUUAAGGCAGCAGGCUCUGACGAGAACGCCACCGACGUGUACGGCCACACCCCUGACUUCUACCUGGAGGCCCCCGGGGAGCUGACCUUAGAGCAACUCAAGGAAGGAGUGUCCACCCCCAGGUCUAAAAAGUCCAAGCACAGGAGAAAAAAGUCGGAAGAAAACGCCACCGGUGCCACCUUCCGGGGAUACUCCGCGAAACCAGCGGGCCUCAAGGUUCAAAUCCGCGAAGUCAUCGCCCAGGGCAACCUGGAAGCUCUCGAGGAGCUUGUCCUCCACGGUCACGGGGACAAGCUGUUAGGCGAGAUCAGCCCUAAUCCCGUCGUCCAGGAGUUUCUCGACACCGUGCCUGGUUACAUGGAACAGAUCAACGACGUGCAUCGAGCCGUGGUGCGUGGACGGCUUCGAGAGGUACAGACCCUGAUGAACCACAAGUCGCUGUCGCUAGCCAGGGACUCCCUGGGCGCCACGCCGAUUCACAAGGCAAUCAUGCACGGCCACCACGAAAUCGUCCAACACCUCGCCGAAAACUUUGUCCAAUGCCUCAGUGCCAAAGACCUUGAUGGAAGGACACCUUUGCAUUAUGCAUCCGCGAUGAAAGACGGUAGGAAAAUGUACAACAUGCUGCUUUUAGCCGGGUCUCCGACAACCAUAGUGGACAGCAAGGGGAAAACGGCGGAGUACUAUCUUCAGUACCCCGACAAGUUAAACAUGGAACAAAUCAUAAAGAGGAAUCAACUAGCCAACGCGACUUAUCUCGGAAAUACAAUCAGCAGGCUCAAGACCCUGGCACCUUCCUUUCAAAAAAACAUUGUCAACAUGCACGAAAGGUACCACCUAACGAAUGCACCACCGAAUGGCAACCAGGAAGGAUUCUUCAAUGGCGACGAAGAGAAUCGAUCCGAGGGCUCCGAAGAAGCGGGUGAUGACAAAACGGCAGCGAUUGCUUCUCAGGCGGAGGCGCUCAAGAAAGUGAUGAUGCGAAGCAAACCAAUCUUGCCCCCCGUCAUCCUGCCACGACUGGAGGUGACCUCUGCUAACAUCCGAAAGUGGAUAGACGAGCACGACCUGAAAAAACUCGAAGGAGCCGUCUUCGAAGGCUACGGAGAGCGACUAGCAAGAGAAACCUCGACCGGCCACCAAGAGGUUGAACAGUACCUCCGAAAGGACGUGCCGCGCAUGCUGGAGCGCAUCCAGGCCAUCCACCGAGCCGUGGCCGACGAUGACGUGCCCGGCCUGGAGAGCCAGCUGGACAGCGCCGACUACGCGCUCGCCAGAGACCGCAUGGGCAUGACGCCGCUGCAUCGCGCGGUCGUGCUCGGCAGGCAAGACGCGGUCAAGCUACUCGUAGACAAGUUUCCCGAGACCAUCAACGCCAGGGACAGGGAAGGACGAACUGCUCUGCACUACGCUGCGGCAGCAUCCCGACGGAGCGGCCGAAGUCACCUGUACCGGCUACUCCUGCAGAAUGGCUCCGAUCCUCGCAUCAGAGACAAUAGAGGCAAGUCCUCGGAAUUCUACAAGACGCACCACUUACCCAUGCCUCCGGAGAUUGGCCAGCUGGGACCAAGUGCCAAAGAUAAGGCGAGAAGUCGCUCCGAGCCUCCUGGGAGCAGACCUCGAAAGCAUUCCUUUGCGACGUCGCUGGUGGUCGAAAAGCUGAGCUCGGCGCUGCAGAAAGGAGACCCUGCUGAGAUCCGAGAGCUGGUGCUCGAGGGCCAUGGCAGGCACCUCCUGGGGAGGACAAGCUGGAACGAGGAAGUUCGCCAGUUACUCAAAGCACUCCCUACCCAUUUGCAAAACGUCAACGCGACGCACGAGGCUAUCAGCAGAGGAGACGUUGCCAAGUUAAAAGAACUGGCGGCGCUGGACGAAACCUAUCUCAAGACGCGCAGCGAGGACGGAUGCCACCCAAUCCACGCGGCCAUCGAGAAUCGACAACUUGAAGCAGUGCGGCUCAUCUUGGAAAAGUUUCCGGCCUGCAUUAAUCUCAAGGCUUCGCACGGCCGCAAUCCACUUCAUUUGGCGGCUUUGAGAAGAGAUACAGCCAUCUACAAGCUCUUGGUUGAAUGCGGUGCGGACCCAAAGGCCCUGGAUCAGGUGACUGUUGAUACUUUGAAGCAUAACUUAUCUAGCGGCUUUAACGUGGACGGUUGCAUUAGUGACGUCAUUGCUGUCGUUAAACCAACCAUAGGAAAGAAGGGAAAAACCGCGGAGUACUACCUGAAAAGCAGAAGGGGAAGGUCCAAGUCUUCGGCAUCACCCAACCCUCCUCGCGAAAGAUCGCCUCCCAAGGAAAACCCGUUCUCCAGUAAAACCACCAAGGUGGAGACCAUUGCAGUUCCAACGAUGGAAAAAGAAACACUCAGCGGCGGCGCGGAAUUACAACGUCCUCGUGAAAAUGUGGAGGAAAAACACGAGAGUGAUAAGAAGGCCGUUCCAAACCGAGAAGACGCCAAUGCUGAACAGAACGCCACCGCUGACGACGGCAACAGCCCCGAAGAGAGUGAUUCUGGAGAUGCGGAAGAUCGGCUGAACGAGCUCAUCGAUCUCUGGAUCAAAGAUGGCGACCUCCUCCGCCUUGAACACGUGGUCAUCGCGGGCCAGGGAGAGCGCCUGCUCAACAAGACCUCCGAGGACAAGCAAGUCCAGGAGUUCCUGAGCCUCGUGCCCGCGUACAUGGAGCGCAUCCGAAGUGUGCACGAGGCCGUAGUGCGCGGCAACUUGGCGGAGGUGCGUCAAGUGUUGACCAGGAAACGCUUCGCGCUGAGUCGAGACCACCUGGGCGCCAGUCCUCUACACCUAGCCGUGCUGCAUGGUCACACCGACGUGCUCAACUACAUCGUGGACAAGUUCCCGGAGACCCUGGAUGGACCAGACAAUGAAGGCAGGACGCCGCUACACUACGCUGCCGUCGUGAUGGAGGCCCAGAACUACUUCGACAUUCUCAAGAAGGCUGGGGCAGACGACACCAUCAAAGACAAGAUGGGACAUACGCCGGAGUUCUACGUGAAGAAUCCCAAGGAGCUUACCAUCCGCGACCUGCUGGAAGGCUACCAGACAACCAACGAUGAGGAAAAGUCGGCCACCGCAGACGUCUGGAAAAGGCCGCCAACUCCACCUGAAGACGCAGAAGCCGAGGAGACGCCAGCCGUUCAAGCCCUGCCAGAUGCUCCCGUUGUUUCGGAAGCGAAGUCGGUUCCAGCCUCCGUGCCUGAUCAGGAUAAAACAACAGACCAGAAACAAGCGCCUUCCAAAGAACCCGGAAAAGUACAAGCGCCGGUCGAAAAACCGGCGGACGCAUCCGUGCACGAACUCAAACAAAAAUUACCGGCACAAGUCCUACCAUCCGCGCCGCCGAUACAAGAGUCAGUAAAGGAAGAAAUAAAAGAGAAAGUAAAGGUGCCGCUUCCAGAAUCGACCAAAAUGGCAGAAAAAUUGCCGUCGGAAGCUCUGAAACCCGAGCCUGCUAAGGGAAAAGAUCCAGAGACAACGAAAGUUUCAGUACUAGCUCCUCCUGCUCCGGCACAAGACCCAAGGCCUGUGCAAGAAAAAGAACCCCUGAUCGUGCCGGUCGUGUUACCAACAAAAGCGCUCUCCAAAGGGAAUCAAGUUCCUGUGCAAGAGCCUCCGUUAGUCCCCGAUAAAGUGGAAUCCCAAGCACUUCAAUCGGCAAAACUAAGGCCAACUGCUGAAGAAGCGGCACAAGUACAAGGAUCGACGCAGCUGCCAGAAAAAGUACCACAAGCGGAAGCGCAUCUACCAGAAACGCCACGCGCCCAUGCGCCAUCCACGCGUGAGGUUCUUAAGAGUGCAGAGGUCCGACAACUAGCGCAGUCCAUGCUGCGUGAGGGCAGGACCGUGGAGGAAGGCCGCUACCUAACAGACGCCGUGGGAGACGUCCUGUCCAGAGGUCUUCUAGCGGUCUCCAAGCAACGACCGGCAGACCCUGUCAACUUUCUGGUAUCCUGGUUCAAGGAGCAGGUGCCUCAGAAGCCAGCACCAGUCGCCAAGGCUUUACCGGACCCAAGUACAGUCACGAAAGAACGAAGCAUUUCCUCCAGAUCUAACACUAAUUCCUCUUCGGCCACAAGCGAAGGAAGUCUGAAGAAGGCAGGCUUUACUCAACCUUUCACCGAGGACGUAGUGGACGAGGAUGCCGACCACUACAGGGAUGACCACACGAAGCUCAAGGACGAAGAAGGGCAGACGGUGCUGCAUUUCGCGGCGUCCCACUCGCACAGCGAGGGAUGCUUCUACGCUCUCAUCCGCCAAGGCCACGUGCUGCUGGCCGAACGGGACGGCCGCUACCGGACGGCCCGGGACGUAGCCCGGGAGGCGAGCCAGAGGGACAACCUCCUGGACCUGGACCAGUACGUCCUGGACGCGUUCCUGGAGCGCCGCAGUGACCUCCUGAGGGCGCUGGCCCACCAGGGCUACGACCAGCUGCUCAACGCCGUGGACAAGCACGGCCGGGACGUCACCUCCAUCGUCACCCAGUUCGAGAUGACGGACAUGCAAUCACUCAUGCACGAACUCGCCUACUUCUUCAAAGCGCGUGACGAGCUGCAUGCGUUUGUCCGGAACGGUUAUCUGGAGGGCCUGCAGAACCUGAUCAAGAAGGACGCUGGCCUGGUAACCGCAAAGAGUCAGCGCGGACGAUGCGCGCUCCACGUGGCCGUGCUAGUCGAGAACCCGGAAAUCAUCGAACACCUGAUCAGGGCCAAGCGAGAUGCAGUCCACGUCGCCGACAAUAUGGGACGAACACCGCUGCAUUACGCCAUGGCCAUGCCACACGUGACCACCAUCGGGCAGAUUCUGGUCCAGAACGGCGCGUCGCGGACUGCGCGAGAUGUCAAAAUGCGUACGCCGAGCUACUUCUUCAUCUAUAAGCAAGAGAUAAUGAAGCUCAAAGAAGAAGAGACGGCGGACUAGGAUAUUCUUCGCACGUCGGAUCCAGGAUCUACGUGGGGUUAUGAUGCCGCGCUAACUCACGGCUAUCAUGCUCUGUUUACGCUUACCGGUACCUGCAGAACACUAUAGUGAUGUGUUGCAGUCACACCACACGUCUCCAAGCUCAACGACCAGGUGGCAACCAAGAGCCAAGACAGAAGCGGAUGCUUGUCGCGCCGACAGAGCGCAUAGAGCUCGCGCUGUUUCUGACAUUCAUACAAACAGUUGUCGUGCUUAGUUCUGGAGAUAAAACUAAGCCAUGUGUUCUUUAUAUGAUGGAAUUGUGCU